CUCAAGUGGAGUGUGAGAGACUUGAGAGUCCCUUCCCACCAAACUAGAAAGAAAGCAGAGUUGUUAGAAUUGAAGUUGAAGAAAUCCGCUAUAUGCUUGUCGGCAACCACUGCUUUCAAAAUACAACACAUAGACAAUUCGAAUUUCCAUUACAGAUUGUCCUCAGCUCAGCAACAAUCGCUCCUUCGAUCACUUUCCUUUCUUCUCCAUAGAAGAAGAAGACGAAGAAGAAGAAGAAAUCUCAUUUCUAGAUCUUCAAUUUCCACCUGCAACUCACUUUUCAAUCCACGGAAGCCAUUGAAGAGCUCUCUGAUAAUCCAGGAAGAACAGAGUACUGUGUGGCCGGGGUUCUCAAUUUUGCGGAUCCAAUGUUGGUCCAAGAACGUUCAACGCCUAAAUCCCCCAAAACCCAGAUCAGAACUCUGCCUACUCUCCAUUCGCAUCGCUUUUCCGAGUCUAAAAGCCUUGAUUUCUCAACUUGGUUAUCCGACAACGUCUACAGAGUAGUGACGAUUUUGCUCCUGAUCGUUACCGUCGCCGCCGUAUUUUUCCUCCGCAAUGUCGGGGAUAGCGCCGCCCUUCUUUGCUUCCAAUCGCAGACAGCGGCUUUAGAGAAGAUUCAAUUCCCUAAAAUUGAUUGGAAUUCGAUCGCGUCGAUCCCAGCCAAUUCUUAUACGGAAUUUCGCUCCGAGCAAUGGAUCGUCGUCUCGGUGUCUAAUUAUCCCAGUGAUUCACUGCGGAAGCUAGUGAAAAUGAAGGGUUGGCAGGUGUUGGCGAUAGGCAAUUCAUUGACGCCGGCGGAUUGGGCUCUUAAAGGUGCGAUUUAUCUUUCCUUAGAAGAACAGUCUAAAUUAGGGUUUCGUGUGGUUGAAUUCCUUCCAUAUGAUUCUUUCGUGAGGAAAACUGUUGGGUAUCUCUUUGCCAUUCAACAUGGCGCGAAGAAGAUCUUCGAUGUGGAUGAUCGAGGGGAGGUGAUUGGUGGAGAUUUAGGCAAACAUUUCGAUGUAGAAUUGGUGGGAGAGGGAGCGAGGCAGGAGAUCAUAUUACAGUAUAGCCAUGAAAACCCCAAUAGAACUGUUGUUAAUCCUUACAUUCAUUUUGGGCAAAGAUCAGUUUGGCCUAGGGGCUUGCCACUGGAAAAUGUGGGUGAAAUUGCUCAUGAAGAAUUUUAUACUGAAAUUUUUGGGGGAAAGCAGUUCAUUCAACAGGGAAUUUCCAAUGGUCUUCCUGAUGUUGAUUCGGUAUUUUACUUCACUCGAAAAUCUGGAUUGGAAGCUUUUGAUAUUAGAUUUGAUGAACGUGCUCCAAAAGUGGCAUUGCCACAGGGUAUGAUGGUUCCUAUUAACUCCUUCAAUACACUUUAUCAUACCUCAGCCUUCUGGGCUUUAAUGCUUCCUGUUUCCAUUAGCACAAUGGCUUCUGAUAUCUUGAGAGGAUACUGGGGCCAGAGGCUCCUGUGGGAAAUUGGUGGUUAUGUUGUAGUUUAUCCUCCAACCGUUCACCGAUACGAUAAGAUUGAAGCAUACCCAUUUUCAGAAGAAAGAGAUCUACAUGUGAAUGUGGGUCGUUUAGUUAAGUUUUUGAAUUCAUGGAGAUCAAGUAAACAUAGGCUGUUUGAGAAGAUUUUGGAGUUGAGUUUUGUAAUGGCAGAGGAAGGGUUUUGGACUGAGAUGGAUGUGAAAUUUACAGCAGCUUGGCUGCAAGAUUUAAUUGCUGUUGGGUACCAGCAGCCAAGGCUAAUGUCUCUGGAAUUGGAUCGUCCACGAGCAACUAUUGGUCAUGGGGAUCGGAAGGAGUUUGUUCCACAGAAAUUACCGUCCAUACACCUUGGGGUUGAGGAAACUGGGACGGUGAGUUAUGAGAUAGGGAACUUGAUCAGAUGGAGAAAGUUUUUUGGAAAUGUUGUGCUCAUCAUGUUUUGUAACGGCCCUGUUGAACGAACUGCCCUGGAGUGGAGGUUGCUAUAUGGGAGGAUAUUCAAGACGGUGAUAAUUCUUUCAGAGACCAAAAAUUCAGAUCUUGUAGUGGAAGAAGGCAGAUUGGACCAUGCAUACAAGUACCUGCCGAAAGUUUUUGAUACAUAUAGUGGCGCAGAAGGGUUUUUAUUCCUGCAAGACGAUACAAUUCUUAACUAUUGGAAUCUGCUACAAGCGGACAAAUCAAAACUCUGGAUAACUGAUAAGGUACCCAAAUCUUGGACUACUGUGUCAGUUGAAAGCUCAGAUUGGUUUACGAAACAAUCAAACAUGGUAAAGAAGAUAGUUAGCAUGAUGCCAGUUCAUUUCCAAGUGAGUCAUAAACAAUCUGUAGCAAGUGAGAAUAGUCUCACGAUAUGCAGUUCUGAGGUCUUUUACAUUCCUCGACGCUUUGUAGCAGACUUUCUUGACCUUCAUGGUUUAGUGGGUGAUCUAGAAGUCCAUCACAAGGUUGCAAUCCCCUUGUUCUUUACGGCAAUGGAUUCGGUUCAAAACUUUGAUCCAGUAUUGAGUACAAUGAAUUACAGAGAAAAACCACCUGCUACAAAUUCGUCAACUAUGUACUCUGUUCAUGUUCCUGCUGUUCACCCAUGGAAUGUGUCAAGUGAACAAGAUUUCAUCAAGUUGGUCAGAAUAAUGGCAGAAGGUGAUCCACUUCUAGCAGAGUUAGUUUGAGAGGAUAAAAGAAAAAAGAAAAGAGACUUUGAUACCUUGGGAGUUAGGGGGAAACAUGUAUACUAAGCAAACUGUUAUACCAAACUGCUAUUUUUCUUCUCUUUUUGCUUCAGAGUGAAGAAAAAUUCAUUUCAUUGAUCCAUCCCCCCUCCCCAACACUUUUUUGUAGAGUUUGUGUGUUCUCACCAUUUGUUGUAAGAAAGAAAUUGUAUUCAACUAGUUCUUUUGUUCCAUAAGUAUAUGAACAGGAAAUUGUAUUGGUUGCACAUUGAUGCA